UGCGACCUCUAUUGACGUCAGCAGGCCAAUCAAUUACCCAUUUUGACAAGCGGGAAAAAUCACCACCAUGGCGACUGCUUUGUACUUAGAACAGUACCUCGAUAGUAUUGAAAACUUGCCGUUUGAGCUGCAGAGAAACUUCACUUUAAUGCGAGAUCUUGAUCAACGAGCACAAGAUUUGUCUCGUGAUAUCGACAAGGAGACGGGUUCGUACAUCAAUUGUGUCAAGACUUGGGCCCCGGAGGAACGAGUUGAAGCGCUGAAGAGGAUCGACAGAGCCUUCGCCAAGAGCCGAGAAUUCAACGAUGACAAGGUCCAACUGGCUAUGCAGACCUAUGAAAUGGUCGACAAGCACAUCCGGAGGUUGGAUGCGGACUUGGCUCGGUUUGAACAAGAGCUGAAAGAGAGGAACAUUGAGCAGACGACAGAUUAUGAUAGCUCGUCAGGACGGGAUAAUAAAAAGAAAGGACGUGGAAGGGGAGCUGAGAAGUCGGCUAAAAAGAACUUGAAGAAAGGCCGCGUGUCCGACGACGAAACGCCUAAACAGUCCAGGAAGAAAUUGAAAGCUGCUGCUGGGCAAGCCGUAGCGCCAAUCCUGACUCUGCCCGCCGUGAUGAAUUCUCCGUCGGAUGUCCUUGACAUGCCCGUGGAUCCCAACGAGCCCACCUACUGUCUGUGUCACCAGGUCUCGUACGGGGAGAUGAUCGGCUGCGAUAACCAAGAUUGUCCUAUUGAAUGGUUUCACUUCGCUUGCGUUGGACUGACAGCCAAACCCAAAGGAAAAUGGUUUUGCCCACGAUGUACACCAGACAAGAAGAAGAAAUGACGCUGUGUGUAAUGUAUAUUGGUUGUGAUGUAAACGCUCCCCUCACGACACGUGUGACCCAUCCCAAACAGAGGACCACUUGAAGAAGAAAAACCUGUAUAAAGACAUUCCAUGGUUUCAACAUUUCAUAUGUAUUCGGAAUCUAUUUAACAAGAUUAAUUUGGAUAUUGUAUUUGUUUUUUGUUUUUUCUUCAAAUGAAAAUGAGAAAGUGAUUGACCUCAAAUUCAAAAA